CGACAGGUAACUUUAUACCAACCUUUCUUCGCGACACGCUUCAGUCCGAUUCACGCUACUGCCACAUACUUUUGCAACAUGUGUGAUCUGUGUGGUCGCAGUUGAUUCUGUGACAACCACGCCCCCACCCGCGGAUCAUUCCACCCUGCACAAGAUUCGGGCUCUGUUCGCUUCCUGCCUCCGGCCUCCCGUCAACGACUCCACUGCACCACUGAAGGCCUUCGUCGACAGCCAGGGGCUCGGAUUUUCCGGGAACGUCACAGCGACCGGCGGAUUGAUGACCAUGCUGCGGCUCUCGUACCUGUACGACGUGCAGUCUGUCCUCACUGCACGCUUACUCGCCGUGAAGUCUCAGCCUCGCGGUUUGUUGCUGAGGUAUACAAGAGAACGCAACGCCACCUAUGCUAUUAACAACUACAACUAUGUUAACGAAUUUAUUGAAAGGCCCCUUCAACCGUGUACCACCAUGUUUCCUUACUUCAGAAUCUUUUUUUUUUUUAACUGCGACGACCAGCUAUGACUAGGGAAUGGGGCUGAGCGUGUCCGUCCCGUCCGUUCACUACAAUUCCCAACAAGAUUCAAUCAAAAACUGUUUUGCAGAAACUAUUGAAUGAAUGAUACCACAAAUUUAUGCAGAAACCAUCAAUGAUUAUUGUCACAGCAAGCGAAACAUAUACUGUUUCGUACCGUGCUGCGCUUGCUUUUCUUACAUCUUCCAGUUUGUGUCAUUGUUCUGCGCGGCUGUAGCUCGCCGUGCAGCGCGGACAUCACAGCGACACGCGCGUCUGUGCGUGAACUUGGUCGCAAACGUGCGUCCCGCGUUUGUCGUGUACAGUAGCACAGCGCGCAACGCCGAGCGCGUCCUUCCAGCCACCGGUCUAGCCCGAUCCCGAAGGCGAUGUAUGGUGUCACAUUGCGUCUGAAACUGGUAGCUUCCACGAGAGAACAGUGGAGGAAACUGGCCCGCUCUCACUGUUGUAAGCAAAAUGUCGAUAUGCGACAUGCACGCACGUGGCAAGCGCAUCAAAGCGACUCUCUCCCCUUCGCACGAGGGAAGGUAUAAGGUUGUGUACGCCGUACGUCGUCUGAAAGCCCCGGGUGCGCAGCGUUAAAGAAAGGAAAGGCACGCCCGAGAGAUGACUAUUGUUGUGGCACAAGACCUCAAAAUGUGCAAUCAUUUCGUAGUCUAAGUGUGGAGAGGCUAAUUAUAACGCGCUUAUAAGCUUUAACAGGCCUGAUGUGUUACCUUCAGAGCAUCGGUCAACGAGCGCUACGUGUUGUGGUUGGCCGGGAGGCCCGAGAACGUCUCCUUCAGCUACCGCGUGUUGCUGGACGUCUACGGCAAGGUGGAGAAUGCGGACCAAGUCGUCCAGCGAAUAAGCGACACCGAAAACGUCGUGCGCCGCCUAGUGGAUGCCGCGAUGAAACAGAAGGCAGCGGCGCUCGAACUGAUUCUGGAAGAGAAGGAUGUCCGCUACUACGGCAAUGGCGCCGUGAGGGUGCUCCUUUCGAGCCUGCGGUCGUCGCUGACCUCCGAGACGCUCCACCAGCUGGUCUCGUGGGACGCGGUGCGCACCAUGGCGCCCCUCGUUUCCCCGGCCACUGUGCCCGCAGAGGGAGGCACACGCUUCACCCGCUGCUGGAGGCUCAUCCAGCGCAGCCUCGGGGUUCCUGCUGUCACCGCGUACCUGCUCGACAAGCUGGUUCCCAACACGACGGAAGAGAUUCUCAAGAUGACGAAGGAGCUGCGAGCCACGUACAACGCUCUCUUCAGCAACGAUGCCUUCAUUUGGCACUCCGUGCCCAAGUCCGUCCUCUCCGAGUUCCAGGAGCUACAAGCGACACCGCUGUUCUUUGCUUCGGGUGUUCGAUCGAAGGAACAACUAGACGCCUUUUACGAAGCUUAUCCUUACGCUCGCGAAGACGACAGCUUCCUCGACACGUGGCUCAAGGUCUGCCACCUGGCCGACGAAACGCAGAGGAAUGCAAGUGGGCUCGACCUCGGCGCCCUGUCGACGCCCAACGCACUCACUCUCGCCGCCGCUACGUCAAACAAGAUACUGCUGACGGCUCCUGCCCUGCUGCUUCCGCUAUUCUCCAGAGACGGCCUGGUUUCGACCAACUUCGGCGGCCUCGGACACGUUCUAGCACAUAGCAUGCUCCGCAAGCUCCAUAACGGACUGGUGAGCGCCAGCAAGAAUAGCACUUCGGUCCUGGAACGCUACAAGGCGCACCUGGAGUGUGUCCAGCACUCACAGAUCAACGAGCCCUUGUCCUCGGCUCCAGACGCUGACGGCGUAGCCAACGCAGAUUGGACGACAGGAAUCAGCGGCGUCGCUGAUCUCGUAGGCCUACACGUCGCCUACGAGACGUUUUCCGCGCGAAUGCAGCGCCGUACUUUGCCGUUCACCAACAUGACCGAAAAGCAGGCCUUUUUCUCCGUGUCCUGCUUCAAGUUCUGUAGCCUGGCGGCGGCGGCGGGAAGGAGGCCCGCGACGCAGACUAGUGGACCAGUUGUGGCUAGUGGGGCGUUCGCUGCGUCUCGCGAACGGUGCAACGCGCCUUUGAGGAACAUGAAGGCAUUCGCGGACGCCUUCAAAUGCAAGCCAUCGUCGCCGAUGAAUCCGGCCAGAAAGUGCACGUUCUGGUGACCGUGGCACCCGCCACUCGUAUCACGGUGCACUAGGACAGUGUGUUGGCUGCAGGACUAAUACGGGAUGUUUGGCAAGAAAUAAACUAAGCGGUAUAUCGUA